UUGUUAUAUGUUGUUUUGGCGGCGCGGUGUGUGCAGAUUAAAUUAAACGCUGGUGUAGGUUGCCGCUAAGCUGACACUAGACAGCAUCGAUCGAUGGCCAUUGAAACGCUUGUGUUGGGCGCUGGGCAAGAGGUUGGUAAGAGCUGCGUGGUGGUUACUAUGAACGGAAAGAGAAUCAUGUUCGAUUGCGGAAUGCACAUGGGCUACUCUGACCGUCGUAGUUACCCCGAUUUCACCCUCAUCUCCCCCAAUCGCGAUUUCAACUCUGCUCUCUCUUGCAUCAUCAUCACUCAUUUUCACCUGGAUCAUAUAGGCGCCUUAGCUUACUUCACUGAAGUUUGCGGCUAUAACGGGCCGGUUUAUAUGACGUACCCAACAAAAGCUUUGGCUCCUUUGAUGUUGGAAGACUAUCGGAAAGUGAUGGUUGAUCGCCAGGGGGAGGAAGAACACUUCACAUCUGAUCAUAUUGCUGAGUGCAUGAAGAAAGUUAUUGCUGUUGAUCUGAGGCAGACUGUGCAAGUAGAUGGAGACCUGCAGAUACGUGCCUAUUAUGCAGGACAUGUUCUUGGAGCUGCAAUGUUCUAUGCUAAAGUGGGGGACACAAAAAUAGUUUAUACAGGAGACUACAAUAUGACAGCAGAUAGACACCUUGGAGCAGCUCAAAUUGAUCGACUACGGCUUGACCUUCUUAUAACUGAGUCCACAUAUGCGACUACCAUACGGGAUUCAAAAUAUGCUCGAGAGAGGGAGUUUCUCAAAGCUGUUCAUAAAUGUGUAUCUGGUGGAGGAAAGGUGCUUAUUCCAACAUUUGCACUUGGAAGAGCUCAGGAAUUAUGCAUUUUGUUGGAUGACUACUGGGAACGCAUGAAUUUGAAGGUUCCUAUUUAUUUCUCAGCAGGUUUAACAAUUCAAGCUAAUAUGUAUUAUAAGAUGCUUAUUAGUUGGACAAGCCAGAAGAUUAAGGAUACAUACUCUAAUCAUAAUGCUUUCGAUUUUAAGAAUGUUCACCAAUUUGAAAGGUCUAUGAUAGAUGCUCCUGGUCCUUGUGUUCUUUUUGCCACACCUGGGAUGAUAACUGGUGGAUUUUCACUUGAAGCUUUUAAGCACUGGGCACCUUCAGAAAAUAACCUUGUUACUUUGCCUGGGUAUUGUGUUGCAGGAACAAUAGGUCAUAAAUUAAUGUCAGGUAAGCCAACCAAAAUUGAUCUGGAUCCUGAUACACAAAUAGAUGUCCGUUGCCAGGUUCAUCAAUUGGCUUUUAGUCCUCACACUGAUUCUAAAGGGAUAAUGGAUCUUGUAAAAUUUCUCUCCCCAAAGCAUGUUAUACUUGUGCAUGGGGAGAAGCCUAAGAUGGCUUCUCUCAAAGAAAAAAUUCAUUCUGAAUUGGGGAUUCAAUGUUAUGAUCCUGCGAAUAAUGAAACCAUAUGCAUUCCUUCAUCUCACUAUGUAAAUGCAGAAACCUCUGACACUUUCAUUCGAAGUUGUUUGAAUCCAAAUGUCAAGUUUCAGAAAUGCAGUUUAGUGGACACAUGUAAUUCUGCUAUGAUAGACAGAAAUUUAAUAUCAGAGCUUCAAGUUGAAGAUGAAAGAGUAGCAGAAGGUGUUUUGGUUGUGGAGAAAGGAAAAAAUGCAAAGAUUGUACACCAGGAUGAACUUAUGCUUCUGUUGGAUGAAAAUAAGCUUGAUACUUAAUUUGUAUAUGGUUGUCCUGCACCUGCACGUAUUGUUGGCUCAAUGGAUAGCUUAAUUUGUGGCAACUUAUCUGGAAACGCUCAAUUUCUUGGAGAGCAUCUGGAAAUAAUCAUUUGAUGCAUCUCUCUUCAGUAGAAGGAUUGUUGUCCUUGCAGGAUUAAUGAAAACUACCAAGGUAUAACCGAAGCAAAGUAUUUCUGCUGCUUUGGUCAACAUUGAACAAGAAACUUGCAAGGAAUCAAAUACGGAAAUGCAGGGCACAAAUAGCUUACCCAUAUAUUAAUGUCAGAGCUCUGUAGCAUGUAUAUGAUCAGCAGAAACGAUUCAAUAGAAAGAGAAUCAGUAAAAAGAAAAGCAUGAGUUGGGGUCAUUAUAUUCUUUGCAGGAGUUUGAUUUCGAGGAUAGACUUAUGCUACACAUUGAGCAAUUGAUGGAAACGGAUCUCGAUGGAUAUCCUUAUGAUAGACGAGGAACUUGUAGGGUUUGCUGUGUUUAUGGCCUUAAUUAGAUUGAUACUAUGUGCUCCAUUAUUAUGAUGCAGGAGAAACGCAAUUGCUGUGAUUGUUUAUUCAAUCCUUUACGAGUUCUGUAUAAUUUUUGUGGUGAUUAUAUUUAUAUAUUUUAUUUCAUUAUUCUAGGCAACCGCAUGUUAGUCAAGAAUCAUCAAUAGGUUUC